CGUGUUGUUCAUCUGCUUUAUUAGUAACUUUUUUAAGUGACGAAGUGAUGAAAUAAAGUCUCAAAAAUGUCUAAUAUCACUCUACAACAAUGUACCACAGAGAGUGUUGGAUCCGGAGCACAAAUGUUCCUGGCUUUGGUUCAAACAUUAAUAGCUGCUCAAUGUGCCAUUUCACCACCCGAAAUGUGGCCAAAGGACUACGGAGAAAUUGCAUUAGAAAAAGGUUUACAAGAAUAUGACUUUAUUGUUAUUGGAGCUGGAAGUAGUGGAGCAAUAGCUGCAACUCGUUUAAGUGAAAAUCCUGAAUGGAAAGUGUUGUUAUUGGAAGCAGGUGGUGAUCCACCAAUUGAAUCUGAAAUACCUGGAGUGUUUUUAUCAAUGGCUAAACAAAAAUCAAUUGACUGGGAGUUUUACAGUAAGGCAUCUAACGCUUGCAAAUUAAAUGGCGCGGCGGGGUGUUAUGUGCCAAGAGGCAAAAUGCUUGGUGGAUCUUCUUCAAUAAAUUUCAUGAUUUAUAAUCGUGGAGUCGAAGAUGAUUUCACUGAAUGGGCUGCACUUGGUAAUUCUGGUUGGGAUUACGAGAAUGUUUUGCCGUAUUUUAAAAAAUAUGAAGGCAAUCAAAAUGAAUCAUUUGUCGAAUAUCAAAAUGGGCGCUAUCAUAGUGCGUCGGGUCCGUUAAAAGUUUCAUCCGUAGAUGUAAGCGAAGCGAGUGCAGCAAUAAUCGAUGCUUUGAUAACAAGUGGCUACGAAUAUGUUCCUGAGUUGAAUGCUGAUAAAAAGACAGGCUUUGCAUUAUAUCAAACAACAGCUGCCAAUGGGCGUCGAUCUAGUACGGCCAAUUCGUACUUGUCACCUGCAAAAAAUCGCGAAAAUUUACAUAUUAUAAAACAUGCGUUUGUGGAUAAAAUACUUUUGAACGACACCAAUAAUGAAGCCUAUGCAGUUGAGUUUACAUACAAAGACGAACAUAAAAUGAAAGCUUUCAGCACAAAAGAAGUAAUUUUAUCAGCGGGAGCAAUUCAAAGUCCACCGCUGCUGAUGCGGUCAGGCAUUGGACCAAAAGCUCAUUUGGAAGAGAGAAAUAUCACGUGCAACGUUGAUUUGCCUGUUGGAAAAAAUUACAUCGAUCAUCUAUUCAUAACGUUGAACUAUAAAUUGAAUGUAAGUAGUUCGACAUUGCCGCCAACAUUCCAACUUGACAGUUUAUACGAGUACGUAAUACACAAUACGGGACCACUUACUUCGGUACCAUUUUUAACCGGACGCGUUGACACAACAAAUAGCUCCGAUGCACCUGAUGUGCAAAUUUAUUUUGCCAGUGUGCCAAAAGGUGGUUCGUCUCUUCUUGGCGGCUUCUACGUAUAUUUGCAAUUGGAAAAAGUGACCGAAGAAAACACAAAACUCUUACAAGAUUAUGACAUAUUGGGCGUAGUCGUUUCAUUGAAUAAACCAAAAUCGCGCGGCCAUAUUGAACUCGAUCAAUGUGGCACCUGCAAUGAAGGAAUAAUUAACACAAAUUAUUUAACUGAUCCAAGAGAUAGAGCCACAGUAUUACGAGCAAUUAAGCAAUUUUUCAAUUUACUCAAAACAGAACCGUUCUUGAAACUUGGAGCUCAGUUUCUCCCAAUUUCGAUUCCAGAAUGUGAUGAAAUCGACUUUGCCACGGAUGAAUAUUGGGAAUGCUAUAUGAAGUAUGUCAGUUCAACUGGUUGUCAUCAAGUCGGCACUAGUAAGAUGGGAAUUGAUUCAGACGCUGUAGUUGAUCCUCGUUGUAGAGUUCAUAACGUCAAAGGAUUGAGACAAAUUGAUGCCGGAAUAAUACCGAUUCCAAUAAAUGCAAAUACCAAUGCCGUUUCGAUGAUGGUGGGCGAGAAAUGUGCUGACAUUAUUAAACAAGAUUAUGGAAUAUUAUCAUGAAUUGAAAUUAUGACUUGAUUUAAUCCAAAUAUCAUCUGUACACAAAAUGUCUUGACGAUUGUAUUUUAUAAUUUUAAGUCAAUAAAGAAAUAAAUUAUAAUCACUUA